CCAGUGUUGCCAAACGAAAUGGACUGACGUUGACCCCCACGAACGUGUUCAAGCGGCUUUAAAUUAAGUUAAAUAUAAACCCCAAAAAACCGGCUUCCGAAUGGCUGAGCCCCGUCGCCGUAUCCGUAACAAAAAGCGGGAUGAUCCCUGUUCCGGCUUCCUGGCACCCGUGACCAUUGCCCGGCGCGAGGACGCCGCCCGCAUCAUGCAGCCGAAAAUUCUGCUGAAGAAGGAUCGCGAUCGGGACCAAGAGACCUGGGACAGAGAGCGGGACAAGGACCGUCUCAAGCUGGAGAGAGACAGGGACAGAGAUACGGAGUCGAGUCCUAGUUGUUACCCAGAAACACCGGCGGCCCUCAAAACGAUCAUCAUCAAUCGCACGAGUGAGGUGCGGCCGGCAGACAGGUGCCAGAUGUCUCUAGUCGGAGGUGCUCUUGCCCCGGGAAGUGGGCAUUUGUCCGGCGUGCCAUCCACCUCCGUUUGCGCCGCAUUGGCUAGCUCGGCACCAGCUGGCCGGGACAAGGGUAACUGCAGUGGUGGUGCCGGAACAGCUGGCACCGCGUCCGGAGCUGCGAAUGCUCUCCAGGAGCUGCAGCCGCCACGCAUGAACCGUCCCACCCCUCUCAUCGUGGCCAAUGGCGUUUUUAAUGCCAAUGCUCGAAAGCUCUUCCACAAAACCAAUACGGAUUUCACCGUCAUCGGCGUCCUGGGUGGUCAGAGUUCCGGAAAGAGCACGCUGCUCAAUCUCCUGGCCGCAGAGCGGUCUCUGGACUACGACUACUACCAACAUCUAUUCGCCCCCGAGGCGGAUGAAUGCAUCUUUGCCACGCGUCACAAGGCCAAGCCGAACAAUGGGCAGAAGAGCAUAUUGCGUCCUCGCACGGAGACCCUGCAGUUUUUCAUCACCCGGGAACGUCACAUACUGCUGGACACACCACCGCUGCUGCCUGUGGGCAAGGAGCCGGAUCACCAGGAUCUGCACUCUCUGGCGACCAUGGCGCAACUAUUGAGCGUAUGCCAUGUAUUGAUUUUAGUCAUUGACGGCUUGGCCGUGGAGCAAUUGCGUCUGAUAAACGCUGCUCUUCGCCUGAGACCGACGUUUCCCUGCAAAGGCUAUGUGCGGGAUCACUUGCCGCAGGUGGUAUUCGUACGCACACGUGCCCAGCGAAUAGACUUCGAGCCACAGCAGCGGGAACGACUGGACAAAAAGCUGGCGUAUCUAUACGGGCCCACGGGUCUGCCCAUUUACCGGGGUAGAGGCGAUGCACGGUGCCUUAACACCUUCCUGCUGCCGGAGGUGGGCAGCAACAAAGCCACCGCUUUCCACUCGUGCCUUGGCGAAAUGGUGCGUCAGUUCCGAGAACGUAUACUCGGAUCCACGCGGAUCUCUAUGUGCCACACCAGCACCGAACUCAGCGAGGCCAUCUGGUUUGAGAUCCUAGCCGAAAGUGCUCGCAAGGGUGCUCCGCAUUUCGAGAAGAUCUACGCAGAGAUCAAGCUGCGCCACCUGGACACACGCUGUCAGUGGCGAUCGGACAAUUGGCGCACCUUCUCUUCCAGUGCCGAGAGCUGAUCCACAGAUUGUGGGUAUGCGGUUGGUACAGAACUAUGCCGGUGGGUGAAGCGCUUUGUACUGGAACUCGCGAGGCACGGAUUGCUGUCCAGGGCCAUUCAAGGGAUGACAGUUCCAGUGUCAAUGCUUACCUAUCUUUUGAUUAAAGACGUGUACAGUGUUAUGGCCAAUAUGUUUAGCUAAAUACCGACCGAUAUCAAGUCUAUUUUUCAAAGGAGGUGUUUAAAGUUAACAUAUGAAUCAGAAAUUGAGAAAGUGACUGAUAUACAUAUUGUUUUUAUAGACAUAUCCAUAAUUAAUAAAAGACUUCAAAAAUAAUUGUUUAGCAUUCACAAAAAAUAGUAUUUACAUUUUUGAGUUAAGGUUUAACGAUUAGAAUACAGCAUGGGAGUUUUUAUCAACCGAUUAAUAAUACAUCUAUAGAAUUGGUAAGGUAGUAGUUAAAGCCACUAGAUGAACAAAUAAAAAUUAUUUAUCUAUA